AUGGCCGGCAUCGCUCAGUUCGGCCUCGUCGUCGCAGGACGUCCCGUUAUCACUGACUUUCGGGAAAUCGGUCCCGCACACUACGUCAUCGACAUCGUGGAGCCAACCGAAGUCACGGAUCUCACGUUUUUCCUGUUGCCAGGCUCGCCCGUACCGCCGGGCUUUGGCGCGGUACUGUAUUUUGCAGUCCCCGCGCUGCAAAAUUGGCAGUUACUAGGGACAGUGUUUGCAGAAAAGCCAAGUGCGAUUUUCCGGACGUCGUGGCCGACGCAUCCGGAUGUUAUGGGACAGCCCGUGCUGCAACUUGGCGUGUCUAUUGAAAGUCUGGAGAGUGUCAAGAAUUUGGGCAUCGAAGCCAGUGGCUUGGAAGAGCGCAAGGCGUUCGCACUCAAGAUCGCUCAAGAUCUGUUUAUGUACCUCAGCUCGUUCUCGACGAGUACGGAUCAAAGUUGUAUGACAGUUCCGACGAAUUUGCUGGACAAGUGGAUGGAGCGAUUCGAAGCCAAGUACCGACGGGAUCCAAACUUCAUGAUGAAAAACAAGUAG